UCUAGGGCGGAGCUUGUCAGAAGUUGUGAAGUGGUAAAAAUGAGACAGCGCCAUCUAGUGAUAAGACGUUGACUUUCAAAUAAUACUUUCGGCGGCCAUUUUCGUGUAUUACGUGAAAGAAGCCUAACCAUAAUUUCUGUAAAAAUGGUUGGCAGGUGUGCUGUUCCUGGUUGUAAAUCAACAUAUUUCAAAGGAAAUAAAAAAGAAAACGAGGUUACCCUGUUUGCAAUUCCUAAAACUUCAUUAUCAAAAUGGCGAGAACUAAUUCCAUGUAGUAAUUUGACGAGCACCUCACAUAUUUGCUCCCGUCAUUUUAACGAAAGUGACUUUCAAACAGGGAUUGAAAUUUUGAACGUGUUCCAUCCUUUCAAACGUAGGAUUCUUAACGCUGGAGCAAUGCCCUGGAAACCAACAUUUUCUGUUAAAUGAUACAUCUAGUCAACAACUGCUGAUUACUUCAAAGAGCGAUUCAGUGGUGCUCGACAGCUACCACCAAAGCUGUCCAAUAUCAUUGCAUUAUUUCUUGCCAAAGCUGCAGCCAUCGUUCGAGAUCCUUCUCACCCAAUGUACCGUGCAAUCAAUAACUUUCUACUGGUAAAAUCGGCUAUGGAUGUGACCCAAGUUCCCGAAUUUUUCGUCAUGCUUCAUAACACUGAACUACCUGAACAGAGGUCGCUUCAAAGGAGUUUUUUACUCAGCCUUCUUCGAAAAGUCGUCAGGACUAUUUAGUGUGUGCUCGAAGAAGAGUCUUUCGAAUCCUUCUCUCCUUGCAGCCAUCCAAUCUAUUGUCUGACAAAACUGAUAAGCGGCUCAUACUUGAAGUCGUACAAUCUUCACUUCAGAAUUCAACCAUUACCUAUGACUUGAUUCAACAUCGUGGCCUUAUCAUGUGGCUUGACAGCCUCUUGCUGACCGACACCGUUGCAGAUGAAGCUAGUCAGAUGGUGUCGGUGGUGACGACAAUGUGUGACACGCUCUACACUCACAUGCUGAAGAAGAGAGAGUCGAAAGAAAAGGACGACGAAGAAGCUAUUGCAAAACUUGAACAGGAGGUCGAAAUGAUGGAAGCCGAAGACGAAGAUACCGCCGACAAAACCACUAACAAACCCAAGAUGCAGAAUGCUAAAAUCAGUAGCAGAAAACCUAUUUGGAAUUUACUUCCUAUGCAGCAACAAGUUAUUGCUCCCUGGAUCAUGUGUGAGCUAAUGCAGUUGAUGGUAAAAGUGUGGCAUGUACUCUAUGAAGCUGAGCCAAACUAUGCUACGUUUAACAAAUACGCCCGAGUAUUAUGCUCCGUCGCUUCACACAUUCACGAAUCCAAAAGCAUCAUUCAAGCAGCUCAGGAGAAGGAUUUGAAGACCGUCCGGUUUGUUACCCCUCCCUGCAUGCUGAAUGUUAAAUUGAUGCGACAGCUCGUUGAAGUCUCAUCCCGCUUUGUGAGUAAUCUUCCCGAUCUAAAGGAUCAUUUGGCAGUAGUUGAAAGUUCCAAAAAGAAAUCCUCGGCUUGCCCAACAGAACUUAGUCGAAACUGGGAACGAAGACAAAGGUAUAUGCGAGAACUUAUGGACCAAGAAGAGACAAAUGUUUCAACCAGAUAUAAUGUGCACAAAUUAUUGUCUUUAGCUGAAUGUGGUGUUUGAAAUAACAAUGACAAUUUUGUUUGCAUACAAGGAGAACCUCGUGA